CGGGUCUUUUACAAAUUCGUCUCUGGCGAUGAAGUCCGUAUUCGCUCCGAUGCGUUGAGUUACGACUUGGACUUUGCGCGGUAUUUGUUGGAAGAUCGCGCUGUCCCCCUUGUGUCUAUUUCCGCGCACGUUAAAGACGAGGCUACCGGGAUCCGCCACAGAAGCAUCAUACUCGAGCAGCGACAUCUUCUGAG